AAUCAUAUUUCAGUUCUCAUACUUGCUUUAUUGGUAGGCGAAAUACAAAUUUGAUUAUAAGUCGUGUUGAUUUUUCCAACCUUGCAAGGGGCUUGCCAUCUCUUAAUCUAAACUUUGAUGUAACAAAACUAUGCACUCUUCAUAGCUCUACAAAUACAAUAGAAACUCUUGCUAACAUCUCAAGCUCUUGCAGACACAAAAUAAUCACAAAGAUUAUUGAGUAACAUGUAUAAGAUGUGGACACAGGCAGGGUCACUCAUGGCCUCAACCAUGUUCAUAUAUACCAUGUUCAUGCGCUUUUUUCCCUCUCCUCUUCAAGCCCGUGUUCGAAGGUACACCAACAAAUUCACCAGCUUUGUGUACCCUUACAUCAGAAUCAGGUUCCACGAAUUCACCGGUGAACGCCUCAUGAAAAGUGAGGCUUACAAUGCCAUCCAAACCUACCUUAGUGAACACUCUUCCCAAAGGGCAUCAAAGCUCAAAGCUGAAGCGAUCAAGGUGAAAGACACACGCACCCCGUUGAUGCUUAGCAUGGACGAUAACGAAGAAAUCAUAGAAGAGUUCCAAGGAGUGAAGGUGUGGUGGGGUUCAUACAAAACCACCUCUAAAACACAGUCCUUUCCUUGGAACUCUUCUUCGGAUGAAAAAAGGUACUACAAACUUACCUUUCACAAGCACUAUAGAAGCCUCAUAACUGACUCUUACCUCAAACAUGUGUUGGAAGAAGCCAAGGCCAUUGAGAUGAAGAAUAGACAACUGAAGCUUUACACCAACAGCAAGACAAGGUGGAGCCAUGUGGUCUUUGAGCACCCUGCGACUUUCGAAACACUCGCAAUGAAGCCGAAGGAGAAGGAGUGUAUCAUCAAUGACCUUGUGAAGUUCAAGAGUGGGAAAACUUAUUAUGCCAAAAUUGGGAAGGCUUGGAAAAGAGGGUACUUGCUGUAUGGCCCUCCAGGUACCGGGAAAUCUACCAUGGUCGCGGCUAUGGCUAAUUUCAUGAACUAUGAUGUGUAUGAUCUUGAAUUGACAGCGGUGAAGGACAAUUCAGAUUUGAGAAAGCUGUUGAUUAACACUUCAAGUAAGUCGAUUAUGGUGAUUGAAGACAUUGAUUGCUCCCUUGAUCUCACUGGUCAAAGGAAGAAGAGAAAAGAAAAAGUUGAGGGUAGAGAAGGAAAAGAUUCUAGAAAAAGGGGUGAUGAGGAUGAUGAUGAUGAUGAUAGAGGUAGCAAAGUAACACUUUCUGGACUAUUGAAUGUUAUAGAUGGGAUUUGGUCAGCUUGUGGGGGAGAGAGGAUCAUGGUUUUCACAACUAAUUUUGUGGAGAAGCUUGAUCCUGCUUUGAUUAGGAGAGGGAGGAUGGACAAGCACAUAGAAUUGUCCUAUUGUUGCUAUGAGGCAUUCAAGGUGCUUGCUCAGAACUAUUUGGGUCUUGAGUCUCACCAAUUGUUUCCUAAAAUUGAGAAGUUGUUGGAAGAGACUAAGAUGACCCCUGCUGAUGUUGCUGAGAAUCUUAUGCCAAAGUCACUGGAUGAAGAAGUGGACACUUGCUUGCAUAACUUGAUUCAAGCUCUUGAGAGGUCCAAGGUAGACUUAGAGAAAAAGAAGGCAGAGACAGAAAGGAAGCAAUCCAAUGUGCAAAAGACUAGUGAAAACCAUGGUGAAGGAAUGGAAGAAAAUGGUGUCAUCAAUUAGUAACUUUCUUCCUUAUCAUUGAGCUUUCUUACUUGGAAUAAUAAGUGACAUCUUUGUAUUCGAACUUUGACUUGUACAUUCUAUGCAGGACUUGAAUAUAUAUUUUAGUCCCUGUGUUUGAACAUUUGCAUUAUUAGAUUUUGCUUCUCGAUUGCUAAGGAUCAAUUUCACAUCAUUUAAUUUCCUUUUCACAUGUUAUUCAUCAGAGUUUAAUUUGUUCAAUUAAAAUGAAAUGUUUGAUUUUGACAA